AUGAAGGUUCUUCUCACUGGCGGUUCAGGCUUCAUCGCCGCUCAUUGCGUGGAUUAUCUUCUUCAACGCGGCCACGAUGUCGUCUUCACCGUUCGAUCUGAUGAGAAAGGGCACAAGAUUUUGAAGAAUCAUCCUGGAACCCCUUCCAGCCGACUCAGUUACGUCAUCGUUGGCGACAUUGCACAAGAAGGCGCCUUUGACGAGGCCGUCAAAUCCGAUCCGCCCUUUGAGGCCGUUCUUCACACGGCAUCGCCAUUUCAUUACAAUGUCACGGAUCCCAAGAGGGACUUGUUGGAUCCCGCUAUCAUUGGCACGACCGGUAUAUUGAAAGCUGUGAAAAAAUCGGCUCCUUCGGUCAAGAGGAUUGUCAUUACAUCAUCAUUCGCCGCCAUUCUCAAUGCCGCCAAGCAUGAAAAGGUCUACUCCGAGGCGAAUUGGAAUCCCAUCACCUGGGAAGAAGCCACGAAAAACCCAGCCUACGCUUAUCGAGCAAGUAAAACCUUUGCGGAAAAGGCCGCUUGGGAGUUUGUCGAGAAGGAAAAGCCCAACUUUGACCUCGCCACCAUCAACCCACCCCUGGUCCUAGGUCCCGUUGUGCACUAUCUCAACUCAUUGGACUCCAUCAACACGUCAAAUGAGCGAGUUCGAAAUAUGAUUCAGGGUAAAUUGCGCGGUGGCCUUUCUCCAUCUGGAGUUUACAUCUGGGUGGAUGUACGCGACGUGGCACUCGCCCAUGUCAAAGCUAUCGAGCUUCCCGAAGCCGGAGGCAAACGAUUUUUGGUUACAGCAGGACAUGUGUCGAAUGCAGCUAUCGCAAACGCCAUCAAGACCCAGUUUCCGAAUUUGGCCGACAACCUGCCCGCGGAAAUCAAGAGUGACAUGCCCGCUGACGUCUAUGGUUACGAUAAUUCGAGAAGCAAAACGGUCCUAGGCCUCGAAUACAGAACACUGGACGACAGUGUGCGGGACACGGUAAAUUCGCUGCUUGCCGUUGGAGCGUAG